CCAAUGAGGGAACAUCCUUCAUAUUCGCACACGCCCAGAAUCUCAGUUCAUCGUCCCCUCCUUACCGACUCUCCCAGUCGGUGAAAGCACUGCAGUUUUUCAAGAAAAACCUCUAAAUCGCUGGAUUAAUUAUCGGACAGUAACAAUGAAGACUGCUUUCUCCCGUUACCCGUGCUGAUGUUUCUCUAAAUCCGGCCCGAUUUCACUGGGAAAGACCUCUGUUUUUUCAUUUGAAUGCCUCUCAAGAUGGCAAAGCGUGAAAGCGGCAGUACGAGCCCGGUGGUGCGUCAGAUAGACAAGCAAUUUUUGAUGUGCAGCAUCUGUCUGGAGCACUACCACAACCCUAAAGUCCUGCCCUGCCUCCACACAUUCUGCGAAAGAUGUCUCCAGAACUACAUCCCUCCUCAGUCCUUGACCCUCUCGUGUCCGGUGUGCAGACAGACCUCAAUCCUUCCUGAAAAGGGUGUUGCUGCUCUGCAAAACAAUUUUUUCAUCACAAAUCUGAUGGAGGUGUUGCAGAGAGAGCAGGACUGCCCCCGUCCCGAAGCUUCUAGUGGGCUGGAGUCAGCUGGUGCUGCUACAUACGCCCCGCCGCUCUCAUGCCCCAACCAUGAGGGAAAGGUCAUGGAGUUUUACUGCGAGUCUUGUGAAACAGCCAUGUGUUUGGAGUGCACCGAGGGCGAACACAGAGAACACGUAACCGUUCCGCUGCGGGACGUUCUGGAGCAGCACAAAGCAGCACUGAAGAACCAACUGGAUGCAAUUCGCAACAGGCUUCCCCAGCUGACCGGGGCUAUAGAGCUGGUCAAUGAGAUAUCCCGGCAGCUUACAGACAGGAAGAACGAGGCAGUGACGGAGAUCAGCAAUACGUUCGAGGAACUGGAGAAAGCACUUCACCAGCGCAAAACCACCCUCAUCACUGACCUGGAGAACAUCUGCACCACUAAACAGAAGGUUUUACAGGACCAACUGUCUGCAUUACUUCAGGGUAAGGAAAACAUUCAGAGCAGUUGUAGCUUCACCGAACAGGCUCUGAACCACGGCAGUCCUACCGAAGUUCUCCUGGUGCAGAAGCAGAUGGGAGAGCGGAUGGCGGCUCUGUCCCGCCACGCCUUCCCCGAACAGCCCCACGAAAACGGACACCUGGACUGCCAGGUGGAGACAGAGGGGCUGCGUCGCUCCAUCCAGAACCUGGGUGUCCUGCUCACCACCAGUGCCGUGGGUCACACCAGCGUGGCUACUGGAGAAGGCCUCAGACACGCUGUUGUUGGUCAGAAUACCACCGUUACAGUGACCACUAAGGAUAGGAAUGGCGAACUAGUCAAGACUGGCAAUGCCGCACCAAGGGCUCAGAUCACCGGGCCGGAUGGAACGGUCACUGCAACGGAGGUAACAGACAACAAGAAUGGCACCUACGAGAUCGGCUACACUCUCCGCUCGGAAGGCGAGUUUUCCUUUUCUGUAAUGCUGUACGGGCAGCCCGUGAGGGGCAGCCCCUUCCGCCUGAGGGCUGUUAAACUCUGCGAUGCCCCGCAGUCGCCUGAUGAUGUCAAGAGGCGCGUGAAGUCCCCCGGAGGAGGCGGCGGUGGCGGAGGGCACGUGAGGCAGAAGGCGGUCCGCAGACCAUCGAGUAUGUACAGUACCACGAAGAAGAAGGAGAACCCCAUAGAGGACGAUCUCAUCUACAGAGUGGGAACGAGAGGACGUGAGAAGGGGGAAUUUUCCAACCUGCAGGGCAUCUCCACCACCAGCACUGGACGAAUCGUGGUAGCUGACAGCAACAACCAGUGCAUACAGGUGUUUUCCAAUGAUGGUCUGUUUAAGCUGAAGUUUGGGGUCAGAGGUCGCUCCCCUGGUCAAUUGCAGCGGCCCACAGGUAUCGCUGUGGACAUGAAUGGUGACAUCAUCGUGGCCGACUAUGACAACAGAUGGUUGAGCAUCUUCUCUCCUGAUGGGAAGUUUAAGAAUAAAAUCGGGGCAGGACGGCUGAUGGGUCCUAAAGGAGUCGCCGUAGACAAGAAUGGUCACAUCAUCACAGCAGACAACAAGGCUUGCUGUGUCUUCAUCUUCCAAUCCAACGGCAAGCUGGUGACCAAAUUUGGCGCCAAAGGAACAUCAGAGAGGCAAUUCACCGACAAAAGUGCUCCAAAUACACCGACUGAGCCAAAGCAGAGUAAAUCUGCUCCCGCCUUCAGUCCACAUUUUGUGGCUAUAAACAACAAGAAUGAAAUUGUUGUGACAGACUUCCACAAUCAUUCUGUUAAGGUUUACAAUGCUGAUGGGGAGUUUCUGUUUAAAUUCGGUUCUCAUGGAGAAGGAAACGGACAGUUUAACGCACCCACAGGGGUUGCUGUAGAUGGCAAUGGGAAUAUUAUUGUUGCAGACUGGGGCAACAGUAGGAUACAGGUGUUUGACAGCGCUGGCUCUUUCCUGUCAUACAUCAACACGACGGCAGAUCCUCUGUACGGCCCGCAGGCUCUCGCUCUCACCUCUGAUGGCCACGUAGCCGUGGCAGACUCUGGAAACCACUGUUUUAAAGUGUAUCGAUAUCUGCAAUAGGGUGUACAGUAAGAUUGAAGUCGUCUUUUGCAUUUCGUGUUUUCCUUUGCACAUAAGUCUGCACAUACGUACAUUUCCAGAAGAGAAUAACAGCUAUUUGACUGAUUUAUUUUGACAUGAAUAAACGCAGGGCUUAAUGAAUGUUGCGUCCAUAUUUGAUCAAUUUGCAUUAAUAUCCGAACCGAAUGUAUAUUGAAAACAAAUAAUAAAAAUCAAGGUGCAUCCGAUAGUGACUAAGGCAGCUAUCCAUACUGUAUAAGUACAAAAUACUUUGUGCUGUUUCUCCAAAAUGCCAAGCUGCGUGCUAACCCCCCCCCCCAUUCAGUUAAAUUAAGAUUAAAAAUAUU